AGCACAACUGCACAAUAUCAAGACACAAUUAAUUAAAAAGGGCUUCACAAAUAAUGCAUGUGGUAUCAGUAGGCUGGUCUACGUCCCAUAAUUCUGUUUGAUAUAAUGGUUUUGAGAUAAAUUUAAGUUUACAAGUUGUCACAUUUAUGUGAACUACUAAGGAUUACUUUGUAAUAUUGUAUUAAACAUGAUGGUUAGAUGUCAAGAUGGUGUACAUAUCACUACAUUGAUUGAAAACAGUCUGUGUUUUAAGUCUUCUGUCAUUCAGAAUGAACAUCUUCCCGACGUGUUCUGUCUGUCAGGAGCAGUUUACCCUGAAAGGACCAGUUCCUUACUUACUGCCCUGUCUACACGCUGUGUGUGAGACGUGUGUGACAUCUGCAGCUGGCGGUGUGAUAUCAUGCUCUACAUGUCAGAGGGAGGUCAACCUCACAGACACACGCCUCCAGGAGGAUGCAGUCAGACAGAGGGAAAUAAACCACCUGACAGUCAAACAUCGCCCCAGUGAGCUCCUCUGUACAAAUAACGAUGACGGCAACCAUGCUGUGUGUUGGUGUCAGGAUUGUGAAGACUUCCUCUGCGAAUACUGCCAGAACAUGCACAGCAGCGUCAAACUUACCAGGAAACAUGUACUUCAAAACUUCAGUGACAUGGAACCGACUGUCUCGAACAUUCCGACCUUUUGCAGUAUUCAUAAAUGCCAUCCAAUGUAUCUGUUUGAUAAAAGCUGCAAGAAGUUACUGUGUGCGAGGUGUAGGAUUGAAGACCAUGCUAACCACCACGUUGAGACGAUUGAUUCUGCUGCUGAUAAUGUAACAAAAUAUUUGGAUGAUCAUAAGAAUGCUCUUUCAAAGUUACAGGCUCGCCAGCAAUCACACAUGGAGAGCAUCAAGCAAGGAAGCGAAUCCACCGACAGAACACACUACACUUUGAAAGAAAGUAUCGGCCACACAUUCCAAGCACUGAGAUCACAACUUGACCAAAGAGAGAAGGAACUUCUGGUCGAUCUUGAAAGUCAUACGAUGGGGACCAAAGAAGCUCUACAUGAACGUCUUACUACCUGUGCAGAAGAUUGGAAGACAAGCACUGGGGUUUUAGACUAUAUCGCCAAAGUCCUCCUCUAUGCCUCAAACUCAGACAUCCUGGAUCUCGAGAGUUGUGUACGGAAGAUGACGCAGAUAUGCCUGGACACCGGUAUACCACAAACACAUGACGUACCUACAGCUAUCUACAACACCAGCAGCCUGUCAAAACUUAAAUCAUGUAUAUCAGGAUUUGGUACUAUUUUGACGUGUGAAAUGGAUGGAGAAUAUGUUAAAGACAAGGAUACGCAGACAUACGACUUUAUUGCCGACUUGGAAAUGAAACACAAAAUGGACAUUACAGAACUGAAGAUGAAAAUUGAUGCAGAUGAGAAACAUAUUGAAAGCCUUAAACUGCUUACAGACCAGCUGAAUGCUGAAAUCAACAGCUUGAAAUCGCGCAUUUACGAGAAGGAAAACGUCGAGAAGAGAGCCCCCCAAAUCAAGGAUUUCUUGCGUGAUUUAGCCAGUGAAUACAGUGUUCAUCUGCUGAAUCCAGGAGCUGUAGACACAUCCAUGCUGUUGAAAUGUAUACAUCUGAAGUAUGACAAAGACAGAGUCAAUCUCGACAAAGUCCACAUCAACACAGAAGGAGACCUGGUCAACAGCAAGUCGGACACCAGACCUGCAGGGGAUGGGAGACUGAAGAAGUACAAGGGCACAUGUAGCACUGCCCCCCUCCCCCGGGCUGGCUGUCCCCAGUACUGGGAGAUGGUAAACAGGGUCAGUCUGGACAAACCACUCACAGGGGGCGACCUCAUCCUGGAGGUUGGUAUAUGUGGGGAGGAGCAGAGGGACGUGCAUCAUUGUAUCAAUCCACAACCCAGCUCCUACAGCCUGGAUGUCUCCCGCUGUCCUACACACGGCGGGAUAUGCAGGUGGACAUGGAAGGAGGGGAAGUAUGUGCUGUGUCUGCCUGACACUCUCCCCAACACAGCAGGGGCAUCACACACACUACAUUACGGUGUUGUCUAUGAUGACGCCAGGAAGAAGAUUGUCUUCAUUGAUGUGAAGGAGAAUAAAGUGAUGUCGACGUUAGACAAUGUAGACUCCAGUCAGCCACUGUGGCCGAUGUUCGGGGUGUAUAACCCAUCUCGCCUCACUGUCAGCAUGACACUUGUAGUGGGCAGCGACAUCAACAUGACAGAGGAGAAGAAAGCAAUGAUUGUCAAGGCACUGUCGUGAUGGUGACAAUGAUUGUCAAGGCACUGUCGUGAUAGUGACAAUAAUUGUCAAGGCGCUGUUAUGAUGGUGACAAUGAUUGUCAAGGCGAUGUCGUGAUGGUAACAAUGAUU